CCGCGUCGGCUUUACGGUCGGCCAGGCCCGGGAGAGACGCGGCUGGCGCCGCUGCGGCCGCGGGGGGCGGGGAGGCGGCCGCGAGGAGGCGGAGCUGCGAGGCCGCCCGUCGCCGGGCCGCCGCCGCGGUGCCCGCUCCUCCCCGCGCCGUGCCGUGCCGUGCCCCGCCCGGCCGCCUCGCCUCCUCCGCGGCGGGCCCCCCUCGCAGCUGCGCGGCCGCGGACACCGAGGCAGGCGCGAGCCAUGGAGGGCAACCGCGACGAGGCGGAGAAAUGCGUGCAGAUCGCUCGCGAGGCCCUGAGCGCCGGCAACCGCGACAAGGCCCAGCGCUUCCUGCAGAAGGCCGAGAAGCUGUACCCGCUGCCGGCCGCGCGCGCGUUAUUGGAAAUAAUUAUGAAAAACGGCAGCACCGCUGGAAGUAGCACGCAUUGCCGAAAACCUCCGGGGAGCAGCGACCAGAGCAAGCCCAGCUGUGGGAAGGACGGCACGUCCGGUGCUGGGGAAGGCGGGAAAGUCUAUACCAAAGACCAAGUAGAGGGCGUGCUCAGCAUAAACAAAUGUAAAAAUUACUACGAAGUCCUUGGAGUUACAAAAGAUGCUGGUGAUGAAGAUUUGAAAAAAGCUUAUAGGAAGCUUGCUUUGAAGUUUCAUCCAGACAAAAACCACGCCCCUGGAGCCACGGAUGCUUUCAAAAAGAUUGGAAAUGCUUAUGCAGUUCUAAGCAAUCCAGAGAAACGAAAACAGUAUGACCUCACAGGCAGUGAAGAGCAAGCUUGUAACCACCAGAACAAUGGCAGGUUCAAUUUCCACCGGGGCUGUGAAGCCGACAUAACUCCCGAAGACCUGUUCAAUAUCUUCUUUGGCGGUGGAUUUCCUUCAGGUAGUGUACAUUCGUUUUCAAAUGGCCGGGCUGCUUACAGCCAUCAACAUCAGCACCGACACAGUGGGCAUGAAAGAGAAGAAGAAAGAGCAGAUGGCGGAUUCUCUGUCUUCAUCCAGCUCAUGCCCAUCAUUGUGUUGAUCCUCGUGUCCUUGUUAAGCCAGCUGAUGGUCUCAAAUCCUCCGUAUUCCUUAUACCCCCGAUCUGGAUCAGGACAAACUAUUAAAAUGCAGACAGAAAACUUGGGUGUUGUUUAUUACGUCAGUAAGGACUUUAAAAGCGAAUAUAAAGGAACACUAUUACAAAAAGUAGAAAAGAGUGUGGAAGAGGAUUACGUGACUAAUAUUCGAAAUAACUGCUGGAAAGAAAGACAGCAGAAAACAGAUAUGCAGUAUGCAGCUAAAGUGUACCGUGAUGAGCGGCUGCGGAGGAAGGCGGAUGCCUUGAGCAUGGACAACUGCAAGGAGCUGGAGCGGCUGACCAGUCUCUACAAGGGGGGAUAAUCUGGGUCCCGCCUGCUCCCUUCUGUGUACGCUGUCUUCUCUGUAAAUUUCAUGUCAACAUGAAGCUGAAGAAGAUUUGAUUAAAGACUAAGCUGAGUAGUUGAUUCCUGAAAUCUUGGACUGUUAAUGACCUACUGGCUCAUUUCAAUAGUAAGAACUGAAAACUAAAUAUUUUAGUAUGCUUCUGCAAUUACUUUAACUUUAAUCUUAUAUGAUUCCUUACAAAGUCUGGAGAGGAUUAUCACACCUGUAGCAGUUGCCAGUUUUGUGAUUCUCCAUUGUUCCUUUGCCAUGUAAAUAUUUUUAGGAUGAUUUUGUACACAUAUGAGCGCUUGCCUUUUAUUUAAAUUAUUUUAGUGUUUAGCUCCAUGAGACACUUGGUUCAGGCUGAUGGAAUGGAUGCAGUCACAUUUCCCAUUAGGUGUUUGCGUGUGUGGAGUUUAAACAAUGAACAUUUUUCAAAAAGAAAAAAAACAAAACUUUAUGUAAAAUCUUAUAUCAGUGUAGAAGGAAUUGACAUUUUUAAUAUUGUUCUUAUAUUCCAGAAUAUGUAAUGACAUAAAUGAACUGGUGUUUACUCUCAGUAUGCUCUUUAGUUUUAUGAAUUGCUAAGCCAUACAUAGGAAUGAAAUGCUAUAAGAUAGAUUUUAAAGAAAAUAUGACGAUAAAUAUUAUGCUAGGUGAGUUUUCAAUGGUAAGUUGCAAUGAUGCCGUUCACGGUUCCAGUAAUUAAAAGUUAGCCCCAAAUGCUCAUUUAUGAAGCUUAUGAAACAAAAGAUGAGCUUUCUUCCUAUGGAAAUUCAGUUUCAUGGAGAUAAUUGAAGCAGGACCCCAAAGCAAAUGGAUUCUUCUACAAAUAAGUAAUAAGAACAAAACGACCACUAACACCCGGCUUUGUGCCUUUCUGACUGCAGCUGGCUUACUUGACAGCAUGGUGUGUUGGGCCACAGCCGCCCUGUGCAGAGAUAGAGCAGCAGCUAGAGCAGUGAUUGACAGCAAGCCAUCAGAGCAUGUUGUGCUCCACCAACCAGGCCACUCAUUGGGUCUUUAGAAUAAGCUCCUUGUAGUGAAAUCUGUAAUGUAAAGUGGGAAAAUACAGCGGGGACUUGAAGCGUUGCUGCUCAUUGAGUUUGAUGUGACUUCUGUCUUGUAUGUUUAAUAGUCGUAUUGGAUUAAGGGUUUUGCUUCCUACAGUUAAAAAGUUACAAACAUGUUUUUGGUAUUUUUUUCAUAUCUCCUGCCCCCAACCCCUUGCUUAAAAACAAGACUGUUAGGCAGAGUGGCUUUGUGUUUUUGCUUAAGGAUUUCUCCCUGAAUAUUAUUGAUUUAUGUCAUCUGUUGAACUCAAGCGGUCUCUUGUGUUCUGCCAUCAGAUUCUUCAGUAGAAAAACCUGAUUAUAAUAGUGGGUUGAAUUACACACAUUGUCCUCGGAGUCUGGAGAACCCAACCAUCCUUAUACAAACAUGACCGUUAGAACUAGGAAAGCUACAAAGAACAUGAAAGUUCAUUUUAGGUUUUCACAUAAUAACAUCAUGCGAAACUAUUAAAAUACUAUAUAUCUAAGUGUCGUUAGUAAAAACCUUUCCCUGACAAUUUAUAUAUUUUUGUUACUCCCUAAAGUAGAAUCUCGAGAGGAAUAACUUCAAAGGACCACAUUCCACAGCAGCGACUUCCUUCCUCGCCACGGUGUCUGCCAGUUUUGGCUGCCUGUAGCGCAGGUUCUUUUGCGUGCUCUCACAAGGGUGGAGGUCUCGAUGUAAAAUCACCGCUCUUUGCUUAGAAUAAACCUGCAUCCGAGUUUCACAUUAGCGUCACGCUCACAGGUCCAGGGCGCUCCCGGCCUCGUUCUCAGAGCCUUCCGAUCUGUUGUGCUUCCUUCAGCAAACUUCCUGUCUAGCCAUUAGCCUGAAUCAGUGCUGUUUAGUCCAUGUGAAUGGUUUUCCUAAGGUUGUGUGCCUCUGAACACAGCUCGUUGUGGUCUUCAACUCUGUCAUUAGAAUCUCCUUCCUCAGCUGUCAUUUCACCGUCCACUUUGCAGAUUUCUGAAUCCCAUCGAGCCAGUAUCCUUUUGAUUCGUUUGCAUCUUCAUCACCUGCUGGUCAUGUUCCCUGGUAUAAGAUGAGGAGGCUUGGAGCUAUUCCUGGUACCCUCUGGUCCUCCAAGGGACUGACAUGCUGCUUCUAUGGUGGCUUUAGUGUGUGCUCAUGGUAUCUUUGUUGUCAUUCAUUGUUUUAAUGUUGAGUCAGGGUCUCACUAUGUACCUCUGGCUAGCUCCAACUCUCAUUGGAGACCUGGCUGGCCUGGAUCUCACAUAAUUUUCUAUUUGCCAUUCAGAUCAUGGAUCUCCUGUUUAACAUAUCCAUUCAAAUACCGAUUUCAAAUUCCCUAUUUUUAAGGUUCUGUGGUGACUAAAUUCUCAAGUUUCUUGCUCACCUAUGUCCUGUGCCCUUCUUUGAAGAACUUCUCAAGGACAGCGCGCUUCAUUUAGGUCUUGGCUUUCUACUGUAGGCGUAAAGAAUGCAGCUUGGUACACACCGCUUCAACUCGGCAGCUCUCCGUGGUUUCCCUCCAUCCAUAGCUGGGUCGGCCCGGAUCCUCUCUGCUGGCUUAGCUUCUCCUCUCGCUCUUUGAGCAUGGUCUUUAAUGCAGAUCAUUCAACUUCAAGUUUUUGUGAUUCAGUUGUGCAGCCACUCCUGUGAUUCUUGCAACUGUUCAAAAUGAUUUUAUUUUAUUUAUUCUUAUGUUUGUAGUGUGUGUGUGUGUGUGUGUGUGUGUGUGUGUGUGUGUGUACAUGUGCCAGGAAGCACAUGGAGAGGUCAGAGAACACCUUGCAGGGAUUAGUUCUCUUUUUAUACCUUGUUCAAUUCUGUGGAUUGAACUCAAGUUAGACUUAUGCAGGAAGUGUUUUACCGCUGACCACUGAGCCAUCUCGCCACCCCGCAGACUGUUGUGUAGCUUUUAACUUCAGACAGACUUUAGCUCUUUCUCCCUGGUGACUACAUUUAAUUUUUUCGUUUUCCUCUCUUCUAUUUUUAAAUGUGUUUUAUUAGCACACAUUAAUUAUAUAGGGCAGUGGGUUUCAUUAUGACGUUUUCAUACGCGCAUAUAAUACAGUUUGUCAUCUUCACCUCUGUGAUGCUUUCCUGAUCCCCUCCUACUUCACUUGCUCGCUUCUUCCCAGUUCGUCCUUUUUCUCUUUUCAAGUCUUGUUGUUAUUUUUGUUGUUGAUGAUGAUAGU